AUGGGUGAAAUGACAAUUCUAACAGUUAUGUCCUAUGACAGGUAUGUAGCAAUAUACUUGCCAUUAAAAUACAACACUGUCAUGACAUGUACAAAACUGUACAAAUUAUUACUUGCUGCCUGGAUCUAUCCUGUUGUUAUGGUGUCUUUUGCACUCAUCUUUUCAGUGUCAGUUCCUUUGUGUGGAAACCAGAUUAAUAAAUUGUAUUGUUACAACUGGGAUGUUAUGAAGCUAUCUUGUGUAGACACGACUGUUAACAAUAUUUAUGGAUUUUUGGUAUAUGCUUCAUUUAUUCCACUCUUUUCUUUUAUUGUAUACUCUUACAUUAAAAUACUUAUAGUAUGCCAUAAAAGCGCCAAAGAACACAACAGGAAAGCUUUGCAAACCUGUCUUCCACAUUUAAUUUCAUUAAUCAGCUUUUAUGCUACUGUGUUAUCAGAAACGAUUCAAAGCCGAUUAAACCCUAAGAAUGUGUCAAACAUUGUACGCACAAUCACAUCACUGGAACUUCUAAUUGUCCCUCCUCUUUUGAAUCCCAUUAUUUAUUGCCUGAUUCUGCCUGAGAUCCGUAAAAGAGUUGUUAAAACAUUUAGAGGAAAACAAAUUGGUCCAAAAAUAACAAUUCCAAAUGCAACCAGGCACUAG